AUGCUAGCAGAACUCACAUCACGAGAGUCUCUUGAAAAGGCUAUCGAUCAAACGUCAAAUGACGUCAAUAUGAUCUACUUCCCGAACUCAAUCCGAGGCUUUCUGGACGAUCGCUUUCCGGAAUCACCAAUUCGAGUAUUUGUCUAUCCAGUACGUGGUCCAAGAAAGUACUGGUUUAUGAUCAAGGAUAACGAACACAUCAAGCCAUACUGCAUGAUCGCACAAACAGACGGCACUACUCUCGAACGACGAGAAUUCUACGAUUGCCUCCGAGAAUUCAGGGUGAGAGCAUUCGGAGCGCUGGACAGCAGUCGGGCGCAUUUGAUUAUUGGCAAAGAAGAACUUGUUAAAGCCUACACGUGUCUGAUGCGUAACGUGGUUUGCGAUUUGGAAGAGAACAAUUUGAAUAUGGAAUUGUUCUAUAUGAAUGAAAAGCAAUGCAGAUCAGCUCUGAAUGAGAAGAUUCCAUUAGCUCCGCUACCAGAUGGCUACUACUUUGACGAGGUGGAUCCUAUUCUUGAAGGAGAUCUAAUCAACAGUACUUGGCAACACGCUCAAGAAGGAGACCUCGAGCAGACCAUAGCAAAAUUGGUGCGAUUACCGUCAAUAUGUGUGCGCCAUAAUGGUGCAGCGGUCGCGUUUGAAAUGUUGGAUCCGGCCGGUUUCUUCAACAAUCAAUUCGUAUUUCCUGAACAUCGCCGAAAAGGUAUUGGAGCAGCGAUCGAGUCGAAACUCAUUCAACGAUGUGUAAGUGCCGGCAUGAAACCAUUCAAGACGGUCUCACGACAGAAUCGUUCCGUCCUCUCGGCCACCUACACAUCACCGUACUGGACCCAAUGGAAAGAGAACGACCGACCAGUGGUUGUGAUUUUCCAGGAGUGGGCGGUCCGUGGUAAUUAA